AUGGAGUCCAAAGAACAGUCUCGCGGAGGCUGCGGGACGCUGGGGGCUCACUCGGCAGUGGAGAGUACUAGCACGAGCAGCCCUACUGUGUUGCCGUUGGAGGUCGAUGACGAUCACGAAAGCGACUAUUCCGAUGAGCUGUAUGCAUCAACUUGCUCUCUCUCUCUCUCUCUCUCUUUCUUUCUUGCCGUUCUUCUCAUGCGGUCAAAGUACUCAGCCUCUCUGACAUCCAGUGUUGUCGAUUAUCCCGUUGUGCAUGGGCGAAGAUACCACGCCUACUGUCGGGGCAGAUAUCUGUUCCCCAAUGACGAGCAGGAGAACGAAAGACUGGACAUCCACCAUGCGCUCAUCGACACCCUCUUGCAUGGCCGGCUCCAUAUGGCCCCUAUCAGCAAGGAUCCCCAACGGGUACUCGAUUUAUGCACCGGAACCGGCAUAGUCAUAGGGAACGAUCUAAGCCCUACUCAACCUUCUCUCGUGCCCCCGAAUCUGAAAUUCAUCGUUGACGACGUCGAGGAUGAAUGGGGCUACGAAGGCAGUCCCUUCGACUACAUCCACGGCCGCUUCCUGAUCGCAUCCAUCAGAGACUGGCCACGGCUAAUAAAGCAGGCCUUCACGUGCACGAAACCCGGAGGAUGGGUUGAGUUCCAGGACUGGGACGGCACUAUCCGCAGCGAUGACGAUACGUUAAAGGGAAGCCACCUAUUCCAACUGCAGGAAACAGUUAAAGAGGCGUUCAUUGAGAUGGGCAUCAACGCGAACCCAGGUGCUGAAUGCAGUAGCUGGCUCAAGGACGCCGGGUUCACUAACAUCACCACUCAGAAAUAUAAGGUCCCGCUUGGGACGUGGCCGAAGGAUAAGCACUUGAAGACUGUAGGUGCAUAUAACUUGCUUCAACACACCGAGGGACUAGGGGGUAUUGCCAAUCUGCCUUUGAUCAAAAAGGGCUGGCAACCGGAGGAGAUUGAGGUCCUUUUGUCAAAAACGCGGGAAGAUCUAAGAAACCGUUCUAUUCAUUCGUAUUUCAAUUUUUAUGUCGUAUACGGUCAGAAACCUAAUGCUACGUCGGCUACGGGAGGGUGA